GUUCCAACCACAACAACAAGCAUGGCUACCGCGUCUGGGAGCACCUGUCCGAAAGCGGUUUCAGGAGAAAAUAGUGAGUGCGACCACGGAGGAGGCGACAGUCGAGACUCAAAGACUACUUCUGGCAAUGCUCCACAGAAGAAACCCGUUUGUCUCAUAGUGCUUGGCAUGGCGGGCUCUGGAAAAACUACUUUUGUGCAGCGACUCACUGCUCACCUUCACACCAAGAAGUCUCCUCCAUAUGUUAUCAACCUAGACCCUGCUGUGCAUGAAGUCCCUUUCCCUGCCAACAUCGAUAUCCGUGACACAGUGAAUUACAAAGAAGUGAUGAAGCAAUAUGGCCUAGGUCCCAAUGGAGGAAUCGUCACUUCAUUGAAUUUAUUCGCUACAAGGUUUGAUCAGGUCAUGAAAUUCAUAGAGAAUAAACAGUCCAAUCACCAAUAUGUUUUGAUUGACACCCCUGGACAGAUAGAAGUGUUUACCUGGUCAGCAUCUGGAACCAUCAUCACCGAAACUCUGGCCUCUACUUUCCCCUGUGUCGUGGCCUACGUGAUGGACACUUCUCGUAGUGUCAACCCCGUCACCUUCAUGUCCAACAUGCUCUACGCCUGCAGCAUUAUGUACAAGACCAAGCUGCCCUUCAUAGUCGUGAUGAACAAGACAGACAUAAUCGACCACAGCUUCGCCGUGGAGUGGAUGCAGGACUUCGAGGUGUUCCAGGACGCGUUGAACCAGGAGACGUCCUAUGUCAGCAACCUGACGCGCUCCAUGAGCCUGGUGCUGGAUGAGUUCUACACCAACUUACGGGUCGUGGGCGUUUCCGCGGUCACAGGCAACGGAUUAGACCAGUUCUUUGCUGAGGUAGCAGAGGCGGCAAAAGAAUAUGAGACGGAUUAUCGUCCUGAGUAUGAAAGGCUUCAUAAAGAGCUGGCAGAUGCUCAGAGCAGAAAGCAGCAGGAGCAGAUGGAGCAUUUACAGAAGGACAUGGGAUCUGUUACCAUGACGACGACCCUGCCGACAGAAGCUGAUGUGCCUGGCCGCAGUGAUCUUAUCUUCAACCGUGGAAACCCUGAUGAGGAAGAGGAAGAGCAGGUGGACAGUGACACUGAUGACAUCGAUCACAACUUGACUGAGGAGAGCAAGGAGAGCACGGCCUUCGGGAACUUCCUGAAAGAGAGGAAGGAAAUGGUGCAGGUACGGAACAGGAAGUGUCAGUAACGACCCUUCACCUGUGUACCCCCUCCGCCACCCACCACCACCCUGAGAGAGUGAAGGACGCUUGAAGCAAAUGAGAAGGGCUGUAUCUCAUUAUUCUAAUGAAUCGACAUUGAUCUACAGUAACCACUCAGGUAAAUGUUGUAGUAUAGUCCUACCAGCUCCCAGUCAGCAACAAUAAAUGAGAGGUGAGGAUGUAAGGAGGCCCCAUUGGAUUAAGAAGGUGCUUUUGGGUGGUAUGCUGAUUAUUGGGACUUCUAUCCCAACCUGCAUGUCUUCUGUUGUCGUUUUCAGAAACACUGAAGCUCAUUGGACUGUUGGGCUUUCACUCAGACUUGAAAAGGAAUGCUUAUCCUCCAGAAUGCAAAUGUUAUGUAGGAUGUUUUUUGUUGGAUCCUGUCGAUUAAUUACAAUGUUCUAGCAUAAGGUUUGGAUAAAGUCAACCACUUGUUUCCUGUAUCUGUGUAAACCUCUUUAGUCUAAUUUUGGUUUAAAUGAUGUGAAAGGAGCUGAUUACUGAUAAAAUAACCUGCUUCUAUCCAUUGUUUUUUUCCCCCCUUUUAAAUUGUUUUAUUGCAUUUUGUGCAAGUUGAUUAUAUGAAGUGUUAUCUUCAUUGGAAGAAUGCAAGUCAUCCUUACCUAACGAAUGCUCUUCAGCUGUCAUGUAGAGUCCUGAAAGUAUAUAUUUUUAUAUCAUCUUGUAACAAGUAGAUUUGUUUUCUAUAUUAUUGCAAAGGUUAUGUAAAAGUCCUGCAGCGUUGGCUGUCUGUCAUCUAAAUGCAAAAUAAAUUGGUUAUGAAUGUG